AUGGACCACGUUGAGACUCAGGAUCCGUUUGGCUUUGUGGGUUCGCACGUUGUGCGGAAAGAGCCGCGCACGGGAAAGGAAGAACAUGGGUGGCUCACGCGCUUCGACGACGCUCUGGACUGCUACACGCUGUUUGUGCCUGGUGGAGGAGAACCCAUGUUGCUGUCCCGAGGAGAGGUGAUGAAGUUCCUCUCGGCGCCUAAUAUCGAACUCCACGAUGACGACCACGACACGUUUCCUCCUCCAGUAAAAGACACGACUACUAGUCGGUAUGUGGGAGUACAGCUGUCUCGGCCUCGACAAGGAUCUAGUGGCAAUGACAAACGGACGGAGGGAGACGUUCGGGGUCGUGUGAAAUGCUUCCUGCCGUUUGGCGAUCGGUAUAGUGUCGAGUAUGAAGAUGGAUCGACCGACGAGAUUUUGGAGACUGCGGUCAUCGAUGGCAUGAUUGCGUUGAUCAAGUCGUCGCUCUUUUCGUCAUCUAGCCGACCAAAAUGUCGGAGCAGGUGUGUGAAACGAAGAAAGAGUGGCGCUUGUGCGACUGAAGGUGUGCAUGAACCUGUUCGGCGGAAACGACAAAGAGCAACUACUACUCGUAAUUCGGAUGCUUCGGAUAUUUCGCCAGGAUCUGUACAUGUAGCAGUAAAGAGGCUCGACGACCCACACUAUGAUGUUGUAUAUGUCGAUUUAACGGAAGCUGGUGUAGAUAGAGAAACCGAGCCCGCGCCGAACAUCUUAGACGUGAUGACCAGCACAGCGAAAAGUACUACACGAGAAAAUUCCCUCGAAAUGGCAAGUCACCCUCCGGACGAACUUAUGCACGUUGAUGAAGACGAGGUAGCUGACAAGAAUGAUAUUGUAAAGGUUCAGAAGCGCCAAGACGAAGCGGACGGCAGCAACCUUGUGGUCACUGCGCCACAGGCAGACACGGCGCGGCCUGAGACGCAAAAAGCAUCACGGUUCUAUGUCGUCGAUGCUGAACCACAUGUAGCUAUCGAACCAUUGCCGAAUCGCGUCAUGGCGUUUGAAUUUCUCCGUGUUUUGCUGCUAAGACUACUGGAUGGUCGCGAAGCGUGUGAAGUCAAGACGACCUUGCAAUGUGAGUUGCUACGCAAUCUGGAUGUGCGACCUCACGAUGCUGUGAUCCGUUUUACAGAAGCUGACGGGUUACACGUACUUAAUCACUUGCUGAACGCAUUCGCGACGAAAGAAAGCCUUGAUAGUGGCAAAAAGAAACUGGAGACUGGUGACUUACGAGAGAAUAUGCGAGAGCGAAUGGAGCGUGACGGCGAACUUCUUGAGGUGUUAAAAGUCGUGGCCAUGCUUCCAACGCCAUCGCGCGGUCAGGUUAUUGCAUCGGACAUUGGGAAGACUAUUAACGUGCUAAGCAAGGCACGUGGACCCUCGGGAGACAUGCGUGCUCUACCAACAUGCAUCACCGCUCUGGCAAAAUGGAUCAAGACUUCAUGGAUCAAAAACAUCCCGGCUUCGAAAAAUGUGCCCAAGGCUUCUGUCAACGCCCAACAAUCAGCUAGUCGACCCCAACAACAAGCACGACGCGGUGGACGCGGAGGAUAUUCUGGGCGUCCAAGUUUCCAGUCGAACCGACAGCAAGCACCUCAAAAAGGAUACAACGCUCCACGAGAUAGCACGCCGCCGAUGCCAAAGCACUCGCAAUCAAAGCAGACCACACACCCACAGCUACCAAAAGCUGCUUCUGCUCCAACACAGCUACCAGUUUCACGCCGUGCACGCAGCAGUUUGAAACCGGACUGGAUGAGACAAAAGGAGGAAUUGUCCCGCUCCCGCUUUUGCAUCGAUGACAGCAAAAACGUGGAUACAAGGUUGUAUCGGGACGAACGAGCGCACCGUCCUAGAAACAUGCCAGGCAUGGCCCCGUCAUCGCAAGUGAUCUCGCAACAGACUACGAGUUCGGAUCAGCACGAAGAUGCCGGUGGUCCGGAUGGAGUAUUUGGACGACCUCAGAAACUGCGUUUCGGCAAACGGUGGAGCACUCAAGAAUUUAGGCUUCAGGACCCGCCUGACGCGUUGAGGCAAGCCGCUGGAUAUUCGUACGCAAGGUCUCCUUAUGGUCGUUCGCAGUAUUCGGAACACUUUUCUGUGCGUGCGCGACCGGUGCCGUAUUCGUCGCGUCGGCCACGACCCAUACUGCGACCUGUCAGUCGCUAUAAAGAUGAGCCAGUCAUCGACAGUGCGAGUAAAUGA